UUCUUUUCUAGCUGUGGCUUCCCAUAAGACAUUUUAUCAUGGAACGGAAAAUCAUCUUGGCGAGUCUAGCUCUAGACUACCUUUCUUCCUCUUCCACCUCCACCAUCACUUUCACUUGCUCCUCGUCCUCCUCUGCCGCCACCAGCGCUGCCUCUUGCGGUGGAUUGAGUUCAUCUCCGUCCAACAAGUCCUCUUCCUCCACCUCGAACUCUUCAUGCAAAGGUAAAAAAAGUAAAAUUACAGUUCAAGGAGAUCAGAGAAGUGGCAGUGAGGACAUUAAACGCCGUCGUGACCAAAAUCAUCCCACUUAUCGAGGCGUUCGGAAGCGGAGUUGGGGGAAAUGGGUGUCUGAAAUUCGAGAGCCAAAGAAGAAAUCAAGAAUAUGGCUUGGCACUUAUCCCAGAGCCGAAAUGGCGGCUCGAGCUCACGAUGUAGCAGCCUUAGCCAUUAAAGGCCACUCAGCUUAUCUCAAUUUCCCUCAUUUAGCUCAUAAACUCCCUCAACCUGUCUCCACUUCACCUAAGGACAUCCAAGCCGCAGCUGCGAAAGCAGCAGCUGCCACCCCCAUCAGCCACCACAAUCACGGCACCGCCACUGAAGUUGAAGCCAAGCUGACCAGUUCUCGUUCUUCAACGAAUUUGGCAUUGGAAAAUGUUCAAGAAUCAUCCAAUUGUUCCGUUUCAACUGGUGAUGAUGACCCUUUUUUUGACCUGCCGGAUCUUUCCCCUGAAGCUUCUUCAUGGCGGCUAGAUGGAGACGAUAUAGGAUUCCAGCUUGAAGAUCCAUUUUUAUGGGAGUGCUAUAUAUAAAUAGAAGUAAACAAUUUUCUCAUUCGUCGAAUUACUGUCUUCAAUAACUCAUGCAGUAACUACAUUUACAGCAUUUUGAAAUCAUGUUUUCACAUAUAAAAUGCAUUUCUUACUUUGUCA